AGUUUGCGUCAGCGGUGAUGGUUUGGAAAUAAUCCAACGCCAACUUCCUUUCACAUACGGGCCCCCGCAAGACCAUAGAAAACAGUUGGUUUUGAGGUACACAGUACUGCACCUGCAGCCGCAGAUGGGAGGCUGCUGUCAGAUAGAGCCGGGGAAGGGCUGAGGAGAGCUGUGGAGAAGACUUACUGAGGGAAAUGACCCACUCCUGGCCCCUGCCUUUCUCCUCCCUGCAGUCCUCAGGUGGAAGGGAGCCCCACAGCCAAAUCCCCUAUAGCUCCCAGCAGACAAAACAUCAUGGCUCCCUACACAGGCACUCCCCCGCAGUCAGGACAGACAGUCAUGCCAGGAUGACUGUCCCUCUCACAGCGCCUCACAAGUCGAUGCUGGAGGACGACCUGAGGCUAAGCAGUGAUGAAGAUGAAGCCACCACGCAGUCUACCUCUGGGCUCACACAUGGCAGACGUCCCCGGCACCAGAACUCCCAGCAUUCCCAGCAGGCCCACGCGCAGCGCUGCUUGUCCGGCAAGAGGCUGAGACACUCCAGCUCCGGCUCGUCCAGUUCCAGCUCGUCCAGCGACUCAGACAGCAGCAGCCUGCGGUCGCACACCCCCAGCCCGGAAAGGCACUCCAAGCCGGGGACGCCCCCCGAGGAUGCAGGCCUGAGCGGGAGCGUGGAGGAGCUGUCGUCCAACAAGUGGCAGCUGGACAAGUGGCUGAAGAGGGCAGGAUCUGGCGACAGGGGACAGGUGUUGAACGACAGGGAGGGGGAAGCCCAUUCGGGUUCAGACUCCGACAGUGGCCGGACUCCCGUAGGGUCCUGGGGGAGAGAGCCCAGCCCAGGGCUACGGGGGGAGCAGACCCCCAUUCCCAGUCCCGGUCUGUACUACAGCAGCCAGCCAAGUCCCCAGCUGAUCAUCAGUCCCAGCAGCAGUCCUUCACCCAGUCCCAGGAGUCCCAGUCCUCCCAGUGACCCUCCGCUCAGCCCCUACUCGUGCAGGAGUCCUGCUUCCGUUCGCAGCCCCACACCCCCACCUCAGCCAAGACCCCCGUGCAUCCCCAAAAGCAAAUCCCGUGUCAAGCCGUGGGACGCUCCUACUGCUGACCCAGAGCCCCCACGCAGACGCAGCCCUUGCCCAAACUCCAGCCCCAGGCAUCGCUCUCGGCCUAGCUCCAAGCCCGCAGGUAGCCCCAGCCCCACGACAAGAGUCAAACACCGGCCCUCUGCCGCUCCCGGGGAGGGGGCCCGGCGAGACAGUGCCUCAUCACAGCGGAGGGGGCAUGAGGUGGAUGGGCGGGCCAGGGUGCUGCCCUCUGAGAGGCGGCUGGACAGGAGGCGGACGGAGGGAGAGGCAGGGACCCUGAGGCGCUGCUGGGCCCAGGACUCUGAAGAAGAGGAGAGGACGAAGGAAGGGACGGGGCUAGAGAAGGAGCGGCGGAGACGAAGGCCACAGGGAGGAGAACCCCAGGCCGUGCAGCCAAGACAGAGGCCCCACACGAACAGCCAGAGGCAGCAGGAGGAGAGAUUGCCAGGAAGCCCUGGACAGCAUAGGAGGAAAAAGAGGAGAAAGGAAGAGGAGCUGCAGCCAGACUUCAGACCCACCCGCUCACCGUCCCCCUCCCCUAUUCCUGUUAUCCCGCCAACAGACUCUUCUUCCUCCUCCUCAUGUUCAGCACCCUCAGAUUCAGACUCUGAGCCCCUCUCCCCACCCCCGGUCACUAAGGUCCCAGCAGACUCAACCUCCUGUAAGCGACAGGUUCCGAGGAGGCCACAGGGUAGGACUGGGAGGGCUGUGGAGGUCCAGCCAGCGGUAGUCAAACCCAGCCAGCUACCAGCCGGUACCCAGGCAGGUGACUCAGGCCGGAACUGCUACACCUUGGUGCCAUUCGGCCUUGGCGAUCCACCAGGCGGACCCCGCUCACUCCUGGUGCGGAUAGACCUGACUCUCCUACUCAGAGUGCCCCAGACCUCCUGCCUCCCUCGAGGUCGCUCCUCAUCUUCCUCAUCGUCCUCCUCAUCACGAAAGGCCCACAACAAUAGCGCCAUGAGGCAUCUUCAUCGCCCUGAAAAUGACCCCCAGGACCACAAGAAGAAACGAAAGUCAGAGAAUCCUCACCAGGACAGUAAAAAGAACCAUGUGCAUACUGAUCCCAGGUCAACCAAAGGAAUGUCCACCAAGGAGUCCAUCAAUGGGCACGAAGGAGCUCUCCGGUAUGAGGAGCGCAAGGCGGCGUCCCCUAUGGCGGACGCCUCGGACCCCCGCAAGAGGGGCGAGCCGGGCAAGCAGGCAGGCCAGCGGAAGAGGGAGGGUGGCACUGAGCAGCAUUACCAAGAGAAGGCCGACAAGGGAGGAAACGCGAGGGCACAGAGCACGCAGCUUCAGGUGCCCAGGACACACCCUCAGGUGAAGGUGGAGUCACCACGUCUUCCCAGUGGUCCCAAGCCAGUAUAUGAAAUCUGGGGAGUCUCCCCAAACCAAGCCCUGCCACCAGAUGGUGCUAUAAUCCACCAUGACACGCUGCACCAUGCUGAGUACUACAUGCAUGAAGCCAAGAGGAUCAAGCAUCGUGCCGACGCCAUGGUGGACAAGUUUGGCAAGGCAGUGAACUACGUGGAUGCGGCGCUGUCCUUCAUGGAGUGUGGCAAGGCCAUGGAGGAGGGCCCCCUGGAGGCCAAAUCCCCAUACACCAUGUACUCAGAAACCGUGGAGCUCAUCAGAUACGCCAUGAGGCUGAAGGGACAUUCUGGUCCGGGGGCCCGACAGGAGGAUAAGCAGCUGGCAGUGCUGUGUUUCCGCUGCCUUGCUCUUCUGUACUGGCGGAUGUUCAGGUUGAAGAAAGACCACGCUCUCAAAUACUCCAAAGUCCUGCUGGACUACUUUAAGAGCUCCCCCAAACCUUCUCAUGAUCCAGAAUCAUGGACCUCCUGUGGAAAGAGUUCGGGAGCGCCGCUCAACCCCCAGGCCGGCUUGGCCGCCACCUCCCCCUCAUCCUUCAUCAGCAUUCCCCAGCGCAUCCACCAGAUGGCAGCAAACCACCUCAACAUCACCAACAGCGUGCUGUACAGCUACGAGUACUGGGAGCUGGCCGACAACCUGGCCAAGGAGAACAAAGAGUUCUUCAGCUACCUGAACACACUGAGGGGGCCCCUCACCUUGCACAGCAGUGUCCAACACAUCGUGCAGUAUACACGCCAGGCGUUGCAGUGGAUCCGGAUCAGUGCCAACCUGACUUAAGGAACACCCCCCCCCCAAAGAACAAAAGAGGUCAUCAAACUGGACCAGGCCUGGGAUGGUCCACCCACAGACCCAGCCACUAACCCUUUGCUGCACCUCCUGUGUCCAUCGCUCUUUAUGUUGGAAAUGCUGGGAAAUAGCUGGAAAAGUGAUUUUGGAAAAACUCCCAGGGAGAUGCCACACCUGGAAGAGGAAGCAUGUGAGGCUGGAGCACUGAAAGGAGGGACCGUGUGAGUGCUUUCAGCUCAGGUCACAUGGUUCCAGAAAGCAGCUGGGAUUGGACGAGUCAGAAACAGCCCUGUGUGGGGGGUUUGGGGUAACCGGUUAUUGCAUUACUGAAAUUGUGACUGAAGAUAGAGGACAGGCAUUCGUUUGGAACCACCGAGCCGGAACGGCAAGAAAAAUAAUGACACAAAAAUCCGGACAGAUGAGAUACCAAGUCCUCAUCUAUGAGGUAGCCUGGUGUCAGUGGUGGAGACCGUGCUGUAUGUGAGGCUGUGUUACCGCUGAAUGCAGAAUGAAUGAUAUUACAAGUUUUUAUAAGGGAUUUUCCCCAUUUCUCCACUUUUAUAUGUAUAGUCCUGCAAUGUAUAAUACCCUCUGUAUUUUCCAACACAACGUCACAUUGAGAGCAGAAGCAAUGUGCGGUUUAAUGAGGUUUUUUAAAUGAGUGUCAUUUUCAGCUUUUUAAUGUUCCACCCUAUGCAAAUCCCUUCAAGGACCUGUAAUUUAAGUUUUGGAAUAAAAUAUUUUUGUCUAUUUCAAA